GGAUUAGGCGGGGUUGGUGCGGGACCCCCUCCCCCGUGUGCGGGCGGCGGUGGUAGAGUCCCCUGGCGCGGUCACGUGGGGGGCCGCGCCGCCAUUUUGUGGGUAUUUAGGGAGGAGCCGGAGCGGAGCCGCCGAGAGUGGGAGCGGCGCCGGACCCGAGUCACCCAGCGACCGACGGACGGAGCCCGCAGCCCGGAGCAGCCGCACGCCCGCCCGCCCUCAGCAGCCCCAGCGCCAGUGUGUAGGCCCGCCGCGUCAAAGCCGCCGACAAGAUGUCCACUCCCGAAGCCUCCCGAAUACUCGCCCUUCUUCGGGGUGAUCGGCGCCUCGGCGGCCAUGGUCUUCAGUGCUCUAGGAGCUGCAUAUGGAACAGCUAAGAGUGGGACAGGAAUUGCUGCCAUGUCUGUCAUGAGGCCUGAACUCAUCAUGAAAUCCAUCAUACCUGUCAUCAUGGCAGGUAUCAUUGCUAUCUAUGGACUGGUGGUGGCAGUACUAAUUGCCAACUCGCUCACAGAAAAGAUAACAUUAUUCAAGAGCUUCCUUCAACUGGGUGCUGGUUUGAGCGUGGGUCUGAGUGGCCUUGCUGCUGGCUUCGCUAUUGGCAUAGUAGGUGAUGCUGGAGUACGAGGAACAGCCCAGCAGCCGAGGUUAUUUGUUGGCAUGAUCCUGAUCCUUAUCUUUGCUGAAGUGUUGGGUCUGUACGGCUUGAUUGUUGCUCUGAUCCUUUCCACCAAAUAAAUCCCACAGAUAUAAAAUUUGGCUCCAUUCUUAUGGUCUUAACUCCAGAAUGUGUACAGUUGUCUCAAUUUGGUAGUCAAUCUCUUGUAAAUGCACAAUGUUAGUGAUUUGUCUGUUGUGUGUGUAUUUAGGUAUUGAAUUUGGUUUUAAGAGCUGGGUUUAGUGGCUCCUAAACGUGUGCAAUUUCCAAUCCAUAUUAUUGUUGAGGAGCUCAGAUUAAAUUAGAAUUGUAAGUUUCAUUUCUUUUCACUGGAUUUUAUUUAAGAUUUAAAAUAUUCAUACAUUAUUAUAAUGGAGCAAGAUUUCUGGAGUCCCCAUGAUAUAGUAGAUUGUUGCACUGUCAGUAAUCGUGUUUGCUCAGAUCUCCUUGGAUGUAAUAAUUGGUAAAGAUUGGAUCUGAUCAUAGUCCUUUUGUGUACUGGUAUUGGAGUGAGUUCUACUUGUGUUUUUAACAUCCUGAGGCACAUGUAAAUGUUUCCAGUAGUAAAAUGUAUGCCUACUCAUAAGGUGUGCACCCAGCUUUGGGUUUCACAUUUCUGAUGUUUCCAAAUAAAAAAAAUUCCUCAACUA